ACCUCACUCUCUAUCCCUCUCAUUUGCAAAAUGGUGUUCAUGCAAUUGUUAGGAGCCAUGAUCAUCCUCCUCCUGCCUUUGUUAGGAGCCUUAUUGGGUUAUCUUUAUGGGCCCUAUUGGGGGCUCAGGAAAGUCCCAGGCCCACCAUCUCUGCCUCUUCUAGGGCACCUUCACUUGCUGGCCAAAUAUGGCCCUGAUGUUUUCUCACUCCUUGCCGACCAAUAUGGCCCAAUUUACAGAUUUCACAUGGGAAGACAACCACUAAUCUUGGUAGCAGAUCCAGAGCUUUGUAAAGAGGUGGGGAUUAAGAAAUUCAAAGACAUUCCAAACAGAAGCAUUCCCUCUCCUAUUUCUGCUUCACCUCUUCAUCAAAAAGGGCUCUUCUUCACCAGGGACUCACGAUGGUCAACCAUGAGAAACACCAUAUUGUCAGUGUAUCAACCCUCACACCUGGCUAGCUUAGUGCCAAUGAUGCAAUCAUUCAUAGAAUCUGCAACACAAAAUCUUGACACCCCAAAUGAGGACAUGAUCUUUUCUGAUCUUUCCCUAAGGCUAGCAACUGAUGUGAUUGGAGAGGCAGCAUUUGGUGUCAACUUUGGCCUCUCUAAACCCCUUUCACUUUGUGAAUCAAUCAAGAGUGUUAGCAGUGUGAAAAACGGUGAUGAUGAUGAUGAUGAAGUAUCAGAUUUCAUCAAUCAACACAUCUACUCCACAACACAGCUUAAGAUGGACUUGUCUGGUUCCUUCUCCAUUAUACUUGGUCUACUUGCUCCGAUACUUCAGGAGCCAUUCAGACAGAUUCUGAAGAGAAUACCAGGCACAAUGGACAGGAAAAUAGAGAGUAUCAAUGAGAAACUGAGUGGUCGUCUUGAUGAGAUUGUCAAGAGGAGAAUGGAGGACAAGAACAGAACCUCAAAAAACUUCUUAUCACUAAUUUUGAAUGCAAGAGAAUCAAAGCUUGUAUCAGAAAAUGUGUUUUCACCUGAAUACAUUAGUGCUGUCACUUAUGAGCACUUACUUGCUGGGUCAGCUACCACAGCCUUUACCUUGUCAUCCAUUGUCUACUUGGUUGCUGGUCACCUAGAAGUUGAGAAAAAGUUACUUCAAGAGAUUGAUGAAUUUGGUCCAUCUGAUAAGAUUCCCACUGCCCAAGAUCUGCAUGAUAGUUUUCCUUAUCUUGAUCAGGUGAUUAAAGAGGCCAUGAGGUUUUACACUGUCUCCCCGUUGGUUGCAAGAGAAACAUCAAAUGAGGUAGAGAUAGGAGGUUACCUUCUUCCAAAGGGGACGUGGGUAUGGUUAGCUCUUGGAGUUCUAGCAAAAGAUCCAAGAAAUUUUCCUGAUCCAGAGAAGUUUAAACCAGAGAGGUUUGACCCCAAAUGUGAAGAAAUGAAACUAAGGCACCCUUAUGCAUUCAUACCAUUUGGAAUUGGUCCUCGGGCAUGUAUUGGUCAGAAAUUUUCCCUACAAGAGCUCAAGCUUACUCUCAUUCAUUUGUACCGAAAAUAUGUGUUUCGUCAUUCCCUUAACAUGGAAAAGCCUGUAGAAAUGGAAUAUGGAAUGGUUCUCAACUUCAAGCAUGGUGUCAAGCUUAGGGUCAUAAGAAGAACACAAUAAAGUGGAUUUGAUACCAACAAGAUUGUACUUAACAAAGCAGAAUAUACGCUAAUUCAAACAAGUGUAAUAUGCUCAGAUCUAAGCAAAACAAUGCUUAUAGGAUAUUGAGCUUUUAUGCAGAUUUUAUAAAAGAAUAAUCAUGUUCUAACAAAAAACAGAUUCUCCCACUGGUUUGUUGGGUAGUACAA